UUUAUUUUGGAUGUCAAAGGCAUUGAUGAAGAUAUUUUCUCUGGAGUCUCCUUUCUAACCCGGCUCUCCCGAUGUGAACCGAGCUGAAAGCCACCACCAACCACCAUGUCUCGCCGCAAGCAAGGCAAACCCCAGCACUUAAGCAAACGGGAUUUUUCGCCCGAGCCCCUGUCAGCCGUGGUCUCGGAGGAGAGGCAGGAACAGCGCGGGCUGGUACAGGUAGCUCCAGAGGGAGACCAGGACCUGCUCACCUGUGGCCAGUGUCAGAUGAACUUCCCUUUGGGAGACAUCCUUAUUUUCAUUGAGCACAAAAGGAAGCAGUGCAAUGGCACUUUGUGCAUGGACAAAGCAGUGGAUAAGCCCCCCUCGCCCUCGCACGGUGAGCUGAGGAGAGCCUCCAACCCGGUGGAAGUGGGCGUCCAGGUCACGCCGGAGGACGAUGACUGCUUAUCGACGUCUUCUCGAGGAAUCUGUCCCAAACAGGAAAACAUUACAGGUAAAGAUGAGCCCAGCAGCUACACUUGCACAACCUGUAAGCAGCCGUUCAGCAGUGCUUGGUUUCUCCUGCAACAUGCCCAGAACACUCAUGGCUUCCGAAUCUACCUUGAGAGUGAACGUGGAAGUCCGCUCACACCCCGAGUGGGAGCUCCUUCGGGAAUGGGCGCGGAUUGCUCCUCUCAGCCUCCUUUGCAUGGCAUCCAUCUCCCGGAGGGAAGCCCGUUCAACCUUCUACGAAUACCGAACUCUGGACGAGAUGGGCCCCCUCUCCGAGAAGGGCGGUUUCCUCCUACGCCGCCUCUUUUUAGCCCUCCACCUCGUCACCACUUGGACCCUCAUCGCAUGGAGCACCUGAGCCCGGAGGAGCUGGCUUUGGCCACCCACCACCCGAGUGCCUUCGACAGGGUGCUACGCCUCAACCCCAUACCCAUGGAUCCCCCAGCUAUGGACUUCUCUCGUAGGUUGAGAGAGCUUGCUGGUAACACCUCAGGGUCAACUCCUCCUCUUUCACCUAAUCGGCCCAGCCCUAUGCAACGGCUACUACAACCAUUCCAGUCAGGAACCAAGCCGCCCUUUCUCUCCACCCCUCCCCUACCUUCCAUGCAAUCUCCCUCUGGCUCCCAGUCUACCCCGACCCCUCUCAACCAACAGUCCAACACGCCCAUGAAGACCAAGUCUUGUGAAUUCUGUGGGAAGACCUUCAAGUUCCAGAGUAAUUUAAUAGUGCAUCGACGCAGUCACACGGGUGAGAAACCAUACAAGUGCCAUCUGUGCGACCAUGCCUGUACACAGGCCAGCAAGUUGAAAAGGCACAUGAAGACGCACAUGAACAAGUCAUCGCCCACAACGGUCAAAUCCGAUGAUGGCUUGUCCACAGCUAGCUCCCCUGAACCAGGAACCAGCGACUUGGUGGGUAGUGCCAGUAAUGCCCUCAAGUCUGUGGUAGCCAAAUUCAAGAGUGAAAAUGACCGCAUGAUUCCAGAAAAUGGAGAGGAGGAGGAGGAAGAGGAAGAAGAGGAGGAGGAGGAAGAAGAAGAGGAAGAGGAAGAAGAGGAAGGAGAAGAGGAGGAACUGGAAAGGGAAAGGGAGAGAGAGAGGGAGAGGGAAAGGGAGAGGGACAGAGAUGGAGGGAGAAACAACUACCACUUCAGUCUCAACCUUCAAGCUGCACGACACCACGAGAACAAUGGUGGGCGUCUGGGUGAGGAUGGGAUCCCGCGCUCACUGCCUGAGGUUAUGCAGGGCAUGGGCCUGGCUGCCAGCAUGCAGCACUACAGUGAGGCAUUUCACCAACACAAGCGGGGAGCUCUAAACUCCGACAAUGAUGCACAUAGGGACAUGUGUGAUGAGGAUUCGGCUCUAGAAUCAGACAGAGUGGACGAGGGUUGCGGUUCAGCUAUCAACGGCCGCGGCUCUUCUCCAAGCGAAUCUGCCUCUGUAGGCUUGUCCAAGAAGCUCCUGCUUGGUAGUCCCAGUUCACUUAGCCCUUUCUCCAAACGAAUCAAGCUGGAGAAGGACUUUGACCUCUCCACCCCUACAAUCCCCAACACUGAGAAUGUUUAUUCCCAGUGGUUGGCUGGUUAUGCUGCUUCUAGGCAGCUCAAGGACCCCUUUCUGAAUUUUGGGGAUUCCAGACAAUCGCCUUUCGCCUCAUCUUCAGAGCACUCCUCAGAGAAUGGAAGCCUGCGCUUCUCUACGCCACCAGGGGACCUAGACGGCGGGGUCUCGGGCCGCAGCGGGACUGGCAGUGGCGGCAGCACGCCACAUCUCGGGGGUCCUGGUCGGCCCAGCUCAAAAGAUGGGCGACGUACUGACACCUGCGAGUUCUGUGGCAAAGUAUUCAAAAACUGCAGCAAUCUGACAGUGCACCGGCGCAGCCACACGGGCGAAAGGCCUUAUAAGUGUGAGCUCUGCAAUUACGCCUGCGCCCAGAGCAGCAAGCUAACACGGCACAUGAAAACGCACGGGCAAGUGGGCAAGGACGUUUACAAAUGUGAAAUCUGUCAGAUGCCUUUUAGUGUGUACAGCACCCUUGAGAAACACAUGAAAAAAUGGCACAGUGACCGCCCAUUGAGCACCGAAAUUAAAACUGAGUAGCGGUGGAGUGUGGUGGCUCACUUGCCUAUUAACAGCGAAUAACACCUUGGCCCACUCCCACCCUCAUCCUUGUAGAUUUCCCUGUUUCGCUAGUCCAGUGGCGGCUAAGACAACGUGCUUGGCACCACCAGCACACCUUUUUCAUUUACCGUUGAAUGCAUGAUCUGUAUCGGGGCAAUACUAUUGCAUUGACGCAAACUUGGAGCCUUUCUCUUGUGCAAUAAUUUACAUGUCGUGUACAUUUUCUUUUUUUUCUUUCACAUUUUGGAAGAUUUGACAGCAUGCAUGAUAUAUUUUGGCUAAUUUUAAAAAUAAAUUGUCCCUGGUUGGUUAGUUGUUUA